AUCAGCAAUCAGCAGUUGACUGACUAAUUCCGACUCCGCAAUCGCCGUCUUGGUGCACUUUUGCGCUGCUGUUGAAUUCCGACUUCCGUGUCGACCAUCAAUCCACCUAUCCCCGGAUCCACCAGUGAUCAAUCGUGACCGUGAGUGCCAAAAUCGGGUGUUCGCCGAGGCUCUGCGUGCGGGAGAUGUUCACUCGAGCCGAGUGACUUGAAUCACCGCAGACCCUCCGACUCCCUUUUUGCCCUAAGCUUGCUGCACCGAAAGUAAUCGGGCGAACUUCCAGGCCACUGUAUCUUCCUGAUAGCUGAAGACUUCAGUUUGUGCGAGACGGAAAUUCAACAAAGGGCAAAAUGCCACUGUUCGGAAAAUCACAGAAAAGCCCCGCCGAGGUUGUGAAAUCAUUGAAAGACGCGUUGAGUGCUUUAGAGAGAGGAGACAAGAAGGCUGAAAAGGCACAAGAAGAUGUGAGCAAAAACCUGGUGCUUAUUAAAAACAUGCUUUAUGGAACGUCAGACACUGAGCCACAGACGGACAUAGUGGUAGCACAACUCGCACAGGAACUCUACAAUAGCGCCCUGCUCCUUUUAUUAAUCCAAAAUUUAGCUCGGAUUGAUUUUGAGGGCAAGAAAGAUGUGGCGCAGGUUUUCAACAACAUUCUGCGGCGACAGAUCGGAACUCGAUCACCGACAGUUGAGUACAUCUGCACGAAGCCAGAGAUUCUUUUCACACUGAUGCGUGGCUAUGAGCACCAGGACAUUGCCCUCAACUGUGGUACCAUGUUGAGAGAGUGCGCCAGAUACGAGGCCCUAGCAAAAAUCAUGCUUUACUCAGAGGAUUUCUAUAACUUUUUCAACUAUGUAGAAGUUUCCACUUUCGAUAUCGCCUCGGAUGCCUUUUCCACCUUCAAAGAGCUGCUCACCCGGCAUAAAAUGUUGGGUGCCGAGUUUCUUGAGGCAAACUAUGACAAAGUUUUUGGCCAUUACCAGAGGCUGCUCAACUCAGAGAACUACGUCACUAGACGUCAGUCAUUAAAACUUUUAGGAGAACUUCUGUUAGACAGGCAUAAUUUUUCUGUAAUGACCCGUUAUAUAUCAAAUCCCGACAACCUCAAGCUAAUGAUGAAUAUGCUGAGAGAAAAAUCUAGAAACAUUCAGUUUGAAGCCUUCCAUGUUUUUAAGGUUUUUGUUGCAAACCCAAACAAACCGAAGCCAAUCCUGGACAUUCUUUUGCGCAACCAAGACAAACUGGUCGAGUUUUUGACGAGAUUUCACACAGAUCGUUCCGAGGAUGAGCAGUUCAACGACGAGAAGGCCUACCUCAUCCGACAAAUCCAAGAGCUGCGUGCUGCGCCUGAUCAUUAGCAAAUAGCUCUCUCAUCUGGUUACCACUGCACACCUCCAAGCCUUGGCUAAGAGUCUGCUGAUAAUCAACUAAUCCCAAGCUGAUUUAUAUUUCGCCGCGCUUUUCAACUUAUCACCCCUUCCUUAAGAAUAUAAAUAGUAUGCAAUAUUAUAUUACAGAGUUAGGCUUCUUGUUAUGCGAAGCAACCCCUAUAGGCGUAAGAGUCAAUUAAAAGACAGUUUAGUGACGUCCUUAUUUGAUUUAUGCAAGCAAAGUUGGUUUGUUCUUUAUUGAACAAUUUGUUAAAAGUACUUUGCUGAUUUAAUGGGAAUCUAGGAGAGGGUUAGAGGAAGACGGUUUUGUUCUGAUUGACUUUUUAUUUAUUAAUUUAAUCAUAUAUCACACAUUAUUUGCUGAUAGUUCUCCUCUUUAUAUGUAUAACAGGUAAAAUCAUUGGAGACACCAUCUACUUACUAUUGUAUAUUUAUUUAUCCAUCGUAGAAAUUAAUGUAGCUUCCUGUAUUUGAGGAGGUAAUUAUUUUCUUUAAAAAAGUCAAUUAAUUAAUUACAGGGAUUAACAUGCUAAAGCAAUUCUGCUUAAUUCAUGUUGGUCGAUUGAAACCAGCUUGGGAAUCAUAAAUUUUAAAUCUUUUUAUUUUCAGCCAAGUAAGCAAGUAAAGUAUUAUUGAUAAUUUUUUUUAGUGCUGAAGAAAAUCCCUUCGAAAGUGCUCAAUGAUCAAAAGGCAAAGAUGCAAAUCUUGUGCACUGAAUUUAUUCCAACUUCCCUAACAGACAAAAAAUCAUUGGUUCUUGUAUUCCAGACUCUUACCAGGUAUUCUAAAUGUACGUCGAGAAUUGAAUUUUAGCAUAUUGUAAUUAAUAGUUUUGAGCUGUUAAGUUCAUGUAAUUUUUGUUGAAAUACAUAUUCACUAUCAGGUCGAUAAAUUUAUCUUGAACCUGUAAGGCUAUGCAUUAACUGUUUGGCUACUGAUCAGGACUUAUGAAUUUGUAAAGCAAACUAAAUAAAAAAAAAACACUCCAAUGUGCUGAGGUCAGAAAUGAUGAAGAUAACAAAAUGCUAUUUUUUUAAACAGUUUUCUUCGAAUUAUGAUCAUCCGAGAUAUGCAUUUAUAAAGCUGGGUUUUGACCUUGAAUGAUAUCUUGAAAUUAUAAGUGUCUCGAAGAAAAAAAAUUGAGUUUAAUAAAGCUUAUUAUGCUUUCAAUUCACUACAUAAAAGUGCUUU